AUAAGUUCCCGGGCGUUGCGAAGCAAGCGCCCCACGAGCUGGACGAUGUUAAACCUUAAAACUUGCCAUUUGCCUGGGAAAGGCGAUCACGUCUGUCCUACUAGUUCUUACGGAUACGCGACCGCAUCUACCUGACGGUGAAUUCAACCUUAAAUAACUAGCUCAACAAGACUAGCAGUACUCAAUCUACCUGUCCGCCUGUGUCUCACGGCACUCGUGUGAGCGACUCAAUUGAGUUUGCGCUAGGGAAAGAUGAAGGUCCAGCCAGGGUUACGGGCUCACAUUCAAAAUUACAGCGAAGCAGACAAUUUAGAACCGCAUUGGGGCUACUAUGAAAGAGUUAUCCCCUGCGUGAGCGACUCUGGGUCGUGCGAAUACCUUGACCAAAUCUAUGGUUCACACGACUUGAGUGUCCUUUAUUCAGGCAUUCUAUGGUCAAUCAUACUCGGCAUUCUGCUGUUAUGGACGAUAGGAAAGAGAGUCUGGGCGCCAUCGCGGGCUGAUGGUUUGGUACCUGGGGGCAUCAGUUCUGGCAAGUCGUCGGUAACACGAUUCUCAAAUGCGUUCUCCGCAUACCUACGAAGCUCAUUACUUCCCGACGCGCCUCGAUUCAUCUUCGGCAGGACGACUAGAUUACAGGUUCUUAUCCUUAUGAUAUUAUCCGCCUACUUGUUGAUAUUCAGCUUCGCCGGUUACACCUUUCAGAAAUGGAUUACUCCCGUCAAAAGCUCUCCGGGGCUAUAUAACACGAGGUCCACUCUAGGCCCAUUCUCGAACCGAAUCGGAGUUCUAGCCUACGCUUUGACACCGUUGUCAGUUCUAUUAGCAAACAGAGAGUCAAUUCUCUCUCUGCUGACGGGCGUUCCCUACCAGAGCUUCAACUUCUUGCACCGAUGGCUCGGGUACAUCAUCUUCAUCCAGGGCUCUGUUCACACCAUCGGCUGGACAAUUAUCGAAGUGCGGCUAUACCAGCCACAGCCAACAACAGCUCAAGAAUGGAUCAAGGAUACUUACAUCGUCUGGGGAGUGGUGACCAUGAUUUUACUCCUGAUGCUCGUCGUCCUUAGCACACCGUGGGCUAUCCGUCUCACAGGAUACGAGUUCUUUCGCAAGGCUCAUUAUGUCCUGGCCAUCGUCUACAUUGGAGGUUGCUGGGGACACUGGCAAAAGCUCAAGUCGUUCCUGCUGCCAAGUAUCCUGAUUUUCUUCCUGGAUCGCGGCGUUCGUCUCGUGCGCACAAUGUUGAUGCACUAUCAGUAUCUUCCCAACGGCUCCAUGGGCUUCCAGGCAGCCCCAGCAUCAUUAACACACUUCGCUGACACCGAAUAUGGCGACGUCGUAAGGAUGGACUUCGAACAGCCUCAUGGGCCUUGGAAUAUCGGCCAGCACUUCUAUCUGUGCUUUGCCGAAAGUAGCAUCUGGCAGUCGCACCCCUUUACACCGUUGAAUCUCCCCCAGACGCGCAAUGGAACUGUAUCCCACUCGUACAUCUUCCGAGCUAAGAAAGGCGAGACGAAGAAAGUAGCUGAUUUAGCGCUGCGAAAGCUAAACUUAUCCCCAAAGGCAACGACGCCAGUGAUAUUGACCGGGCCUUAUGGGGAGUCGAUUGCGGAGAACUUGAUGCCCGAGGAUAACAUACUGUGUGUCGCGGGCGGCACGGGCAUCACCUACGUGCUCCCUGUGCUCCUCGACAUCAUCCAGAAAUCCGCCGUGCGCGACCGCAAGAUCCAGCUCGUCUGGGCGAUCCGCAGGAAAGCGGACCUGUGCUGGGUAGAGCGGGAGAUCGUCGCUGUUAACAAUGCGGCGCGAACGCACGGGGUUGAAGUGUGCAUUUAUGUCACGAGGGAGGCGGGCAGCAACGCCUCUUCCAUACAAGAGAAAGUAGAGGGUCAAGAGGUCGAUCUGGAUAAGACCUGCGGAUCUACUUCGUGCGCAGCUGUCAACGCUCAAAGCCCGAUGUCGCUAGAUAUUCAGAAGCUCGGGAGUAAAGGGUUGGACAGACAUCCUGAUCUGAAGGCUCUUGUGAGCGAAUUCGUCGAGGGCACGGUGAGGGGCCCGACGAAGGUCUUUGGAAGUGGGCCGGGAGGCAUGAUUAGCGAUUUGAGGAGCGUCGUCGCGACGUGUAAUUCUGGCGCGAGGGUGUGGAAGGGCAACGAGCGGUUUGAUGUUCGUCUGAUUUGUGAUGAUAGAUUAGAGUGGUAACGACUUUAUGGAUUAGCGUUUUGGAAUUUCAUAGUGAAGAUAUUAAGCAUUUUUCUCUCAUCCGUUUAGUUCUUAUUAGAGAAUCGUGGCAAAAUCUUCGUAGUCAUUGGAUAAGGUACAGUUAAGCGGCUUUUGCGCUGAUUGAAGAGUGUAGGUGCGAGAUUUGACCUUCGCAUCAUUGCUGCAUUGAAUAAGUGUCGUCUAAUCAUCUUGUGACAACUUGGCGUUCUCAUGCCUGCCUGUUGGUAGGGCUUGUGACUGGUGCUGAUGUGCUUUUCGACGUAGCUAUGUCCGUUCUGCCGAUUUAUCUAUCACUUUCCAUUUCAUCUCUUAAAGACAGUGCUUUAAACAAAUUUAAAC